GUUCAACUCCAGCCAAACACCCAGGAGCCAGUCAAGUGAGUGCCACCGACGGCAACAUCACCACGAGCAUCAAUUAACAAAGUCUUUCAGGAUGCCUCCCCGCGCCCAUUCGAAGACCUCCCGUGUCCCUCGCAGACCCUUCGAGUCUGCUCGACUGGACUCUGAGUUGAAGCUCGUCGGCGAGUAUGGCCUGCGCAACAAGCGUGAGGUCUGGCGAGUCGGUUUGACUCUGUCCAAGAUCCGUCGUGCUGCCCGUCAGCUUCUUACCCUCGACGAGAAGGACCCCAAGCGUCUCUUCGAAGGCAAUGCCCUCAUUCGUCGUCUCGUCCGCGUCGGUGUCCUUGACGAGUCCCGCAUGAAGCUGGAUUACGUCCUGGCCCUCAAGAUCGAGGAUUUCUUGGAGCGCCGCCUCCAGACCUGCGUCUGGAAGCUUGGUCUGGCCAAGUCCAUCCACCACGCCCGUGUCCUGAUCCGCCAGCGCCACAUCCGAGUCGGCAAGCAGAUCGUCAACGUCCCCUCGUUCAUCGUCCGUCUCGACUCUCAGAAGCACAUUGACUUCGCUCUCACCUCGCCCUUCGGUGGUGGCCGCCCCGGCCGUGUCCGCAGAAAGAAGGCCAAGUCCGCCGAGGGCGGUGAGGGUGACGAGGAGGAGGAGGAUGACGAGUAA